AUGAAUAUCAUCAAGUUGCAGAGAAAAUUCCCCAUUUUAACCCAGGAAGAUAUCUUUGGGACGAUCGAAAAGUUCAGAGAAAUUGAUCUCGAAGACAAUGGGUGGGUGGAAAAGGGCCAGGUGUUAGCAGCAGUAUCGAAAUCCGGAGAGGCGUCGUACGAUGAAGCGCGUGAAACACUAAAACAAGUGGGAGUCGACGCAUCUGGGCGUGUAGAAUUAGACGACUAUGUGGAGCUGAUUGCCAAAUUGAAGGACGCUCACGCUGGCCCUCCUCCGCCAACGACAUUUCAAAGCGGCAGCGGCGCCAAGUCCCCAAGCAACAUUCCAGUUACGCCGACAUUUGCCGGGUUGCAACACAAGGGAACUGGUGCCCAAGCCAAGAUUAUUGUCGGUGGUUCGACGACAGGAACCACUCACACCAUCAACGAAGAAGAACGGACAGAAUUCACCAAGCACAUUAAUAGCGUCUUGGCUGGGGAUGCCGAUAUUGGUCACAAGUUACCCUUUGCUACGGAUACUUUCCAAUUGUUUGACGAGUGUAGAGACGGUUUGGUAUUGUCUAAGCUAAUUAACGAUUCUGUUCCCGAUACAAUCGACACUAGAGUGUUGAAUUGGCCCAAGAAUGGGAAAAGACUAAACAACUUUACUGCAAGUGAAAAUGCCAACAUUGUCAUCAAUUCGGCCAAAGCGAUUGGCUGUAUUGUUGUCAAUGUGCACUCCGAAGACAUUAUCGAGGGUAAAGAGCAUUUAAUUUUGGGUCUUAUCUGGCAAGUUAUUCGCCGUGGUUUGCUCAGCAAAAUUGACAUCAAACAUCACCCAGAACUAUACCGGUUGUUGGAAGAUGACGAAACUUUAGAACAAUUUCUAAGAUUACCUCCGGAGCAAAUCCUUCUACGCUGGUUUAACUAUCAUUUGAAACAAGCUGGAUGGGAGAGAAGAGUUACUAAUUUCUCCAAAGAUGUUUCAGAUGGGGAGAACUACACUGUACUACUGAACCAAUUAGCGCCCGAAUUGUGCUCUCGCGCUCCUCUACAAACUUCCGAUUUGUUAGCUAGAGCAGAACAAGUCUUGCAAAAUGCCGAGAAAUUGGAGUGCAGAAAGUACUUAACUCCAACCGCUUUGGUUGCAGGAAAUUCAAAGUUGAACUUGGCGUUUGUGGCUCACCUAUUCAACACUCACCCAGGCCUACAGCCUAUUGAAGAAUCCGAAAAACCUGAGAUAGAAGAGUUUGAUGCAGAAGGCGAAAGAGAGGCCAGAGUCUUUACUCUAUGGCUCAAUUCUUUGGAUGUGGAUCCUGCCGUGGUAUCAUUAUUCGAAGAUUUGAAGGAUGGUUUGGUAUUGUUACAAGCCUAUGAAAAGGUGAUGCCGGGCGCUGUAGAACAAAGAACCGUCAACAAACGUCCUGCAUCGGGAAGCGAGCUAUCGAGGUUCAAAGCUCUGGAAAAUACCAAUUAUGCCGUGGAUCUCGGUAAGUCAAGGGGAUUUUCCCUGGUUGGUAUAGAAGGGUCGGACAUCGUGGACGGUAACAAGUUGCUAACUUUGGGCUUGGUAUGGCAAUUAAUGAGAAGAAAUAUUGUCAACACGAUGAAAACAUUAGCUGCAAACGGUAAAGAGCUGAGCGAUUCUCAAAUCUUGAAAUGGGCCCAGGAGCAGGUGACGAAGGGCAACAAGACGUCGCGCGUCAGAUCGUUCAGCGAUCCUGCAUUAUCCAAUGGCCAUUUCUUGCUGGAUGUGCUGAAUGGUAUUGCCCCCGGUUACGUUGACUACGAUCUGGUGACUCUCGGCAAUACCGAUGAAGACAAAUAUGCUAAUGCCAGAUUGGCUAUUUCCAUUGCUAGAAAAUUGGGUGCGUUAAUUUGGCUUGUUCCUGAAGACAUUAACGAGGUCCGUUCAAGAUUGAUUUUAACAUUCGUUGCUUCCUUGAUGGCUUUGAAACAAUAA